UCUAUCAGGAAGUGAUGCAGGCUCUGCAGUGAGACAGGUGUUUCCAGAUGUUGGUGUGCUGGUCGUCGGUCUGCUGACCUGGAGGCUAAUCGCAAGACUGAACGGCGACACACACACUCAGCCUCAGCAGGAGGUCCAUCAGGAGGAAGACCUGAUGUUUGAUGAAGACUCUGUCUCUGUGCUGGGAGACGAAGAGGAGUUGGAGGAAGGAACCAGGAACAGGGUUCUGGUAGAACUGGAGAUAUUGGUUACUAAGACCAGGCAGAUGUUGGGAACCAUGACGACAACCGGAGCCAAAGUGCUGAUGACCUUCCUGCUGGGACUCACAGGUAUCAUGUUCCCGUCUCUCUCGUCCCUCCCCUACCUGCUCUGUUUCCAACUGUUGUGCACCUGGUGGGCGUGGUCAGGCCAGGUCCCGCCCCUCCUCUUCAGGUGUGUUUCUGUGAUGUCACUGGUCUACUCCGCCUCCCACUUCCUGCUCGUCUACUUCUACCAGCUGCCCCUGCUGCAGGAGGCGUGGCCUCCCAACCGCACCUCCGCCAGUGUUCUGGGGCUGCUCCCCCUGGUCUCGAUGGACUGUGUUGACCCCUGGAGGCUGACGGUGACCUCUGACCUCCACUGGUUCCACUUCAGCUCGCCCCUGAUGGUUCUGCUUCUCUACCACACAGUGGCGUCGCUCCGGAGGAACCAGCUGAUCGACUGUGGGCGGGGCUUAGAGAGGGCGGGGUCAGAGGUCGGUGGGAGCUGUGACAUCAUCACCACCACCAGCAACCUGAGCGAUGAUGUCAUCGGUGACAUCACAGCGGAGAAACGGCGAGACAUGUGGAGACGAGCUCACCGGAGCAGAGACGUGCUGACAUCGUCCAAUCAGAGUCCCUCUGACUCUUUUGCCCCGCCCACCCAGAGCACAGCUCUCGGAUUAGAUAAUUACUCAACACCUCACUACUCCCCAAGCCAAUCAGACACGUUGGAGACCUGUGAGUUUGGUGCAGACGGCUGGGAGGAGCCUCAGAUGAGUCCAGGUGAGGGGGGCGGGGCCUGUCCAGGUGAGGGGGGCGGGGCCUGUCCAGGUGAGCGGGGCGGGGCCUGUCCAGGUGAGGGGGGCGGGGCCUGUCCAGGUGAGGGGGGCGGGGCCUGUCCAGGUGAGCGGGGCGGGGCCUGUCCAGGUGAGCGGGGCGGGGCCUGUCCAGGUGAGGGGGGCGGGGCCUGGAGCUUCCUGCUGCAGCAGAGCUACCUGUGUGCCCUGAUGGCCAUGAUGCUGUGGCCCGUCAGCUACGUGUCGUGGCUCACCUGUGUGCUGCUGCUCUGGUCCUGCCUGCUCUGGAUGCUGAAGGAGCGACGCCGUUACACUAUGAUGUCAUCGCCCUGGCUGGUCGCCUACGGCAACCUGCUGGUGCUGUUGCAGUACAUCUACAGCUUCCCCCCCGCACAGGAAGUGCCUGGGCUGUUCCCACGGAAACAAGACCCCUGCAGGGAGCUGGCCUCAAAGCUGUUGUGUCUGCUGAGCUUCUGGCUGCUGCUGAGACAGGCUCUGACUGAGAAGAGAGACAGACAGGAGGACACACAGCUGUCUGCCAUCACUGUCCACAUGGAGGACGAGGAGAAGGGUGAGACAGGUGAGACAGGUGAGGUCUCGUACGAGCAGGUGCUCCUGCAGGAGGGGGGGGUGAAGAUGGAGGCUCUGGUUGCCGUGGUUACUCGGAUGUUCGUGAAGUACUGGAUCUACGUCUGUGGAACCAUGUUCUUCUUCGUGAGCUUCGAGGGGAAGAUUGUCCUCUACAAGGUCAUCUACAUGGUGCUGCUGCUGUGCUGCAGCGCCCUCUACCAGUUGAACUACGAGCGUUGGCGUGCCAUGCUCAGGGGCUUCUGGGUAGCCGUGGUGGUUUACUCCAUGCUGGUGCUGAUCCUGGUCUACACCUUCCAGUUCCCCACGUCCCCCCAGACCUGGAGCUACUACACCGGACUCAGUACUCACAGGUUGGAGGACAUCGGGCUGGAGAAGUUCUCUGUUCCGGUUCUCUUCACCAGGAUCUUCAUCCCGGCUGCCUUCCUGCUGGUGUGUAUCGUUCACCUGCAUUACUUCCACGAGCCCUUCCUGCAGCUCACAGACCUGAAGACUGUGGUGGACACACACAACAGCACCAUCACCAGGCUAGUGCACUCUGAGGGCAGCCUGUUCGACCUGUCUCUCUCGCUGGGGGGGGGAGCACCUCAGAUCCUGCAGGAGAGAGAGACAGGUGAGAGAGAGACAGGUGAGAGAGAGGAGGAGAAGAAGAAGUGGAUACAGGUGGAGGAGGAAGAGGAGGAGGAAGAGGAGGAGGAAGAGUACCCCUGUGUGUUUGAGAAGGAAACCCUGUCUCAGCAGAUCAAAAGUCUGGUCUCCUGGAGGCUGGUGAUGGACCGUCUCUCUGUCCUCCUGCUGCACCUCCUGCUGUCUCUUCAGAGUCUGCAGCGCCUCCUCUGGUGGAUCCUGGAACUGCACAUCGUCAAGAUCACCUCCUGCUACAUCAUCUGGGUCUGUGUGAAGGAG